GAUUUCUGUUGUUAUCAGAGUUAUCAGCUGUUUGAAUAUUGAGUUAAAUAGAUUCCUGAUCACAAUUUAACUAUUUUUAUGUUUUCAACACAGCGUUAUUCAAAAAACUUGCAUAAUGGAUAGCGCCACAAUUUCGAAAAGCUGUUGCAGAAUUUGUUUAGCCGCGGAAAAAACGCUGCUCUCACUGCAGACUGAAAUAGAACUCGACGGUUGCAAACUUACUUGCCUGGAAAUGUUUACCAAAUUUACUGGAUUGGAGGAACCACCGGAGGAAGCAUCGCCGGAUCUACCGCGGAAGUUGUGCAUAUCCUGUUUCUCCGAGCUAAACAGUUGCUACAAAUUCCAGCGUAAGGCAGUCGAUUCCUUUAACCGGAUGUACCAAAAGAUGAGCGAAUCUACUGUUCAUGUUGUUGAAGAGGAAGUUGCUCGCGAAAGCAGCCCAAAGCAGGAUGCUGCCCCCGAAAUUGAGGAAGAGUUGGAAAUCUUUAUCGAACUUCAGGACGAUAAUCUGAAAAUUGAAUCAACUUCACUGGAUUUGGUUGAGGAACCCGUACACGAAGGCGAAGAUCAAACUGAUGCAAAGUUGAUAAAUUCUGCUGAAGAAUGUGAAGAAGAAUUCUUGGAGGUCUACGAAUGUGACGAUAAGGGCCUUGUGGAGUUAAAAGGAUGUGUGAGAGACAUGGAAGAUGCUUCUCCCAGUCAGAAUGAGGAAGAAGUUGUUGCGAUCGAAAUCAAUCUGCAAAAUGAACAGGAAUUACAAACGCAACCAAUCGAUGAAAGCAGUGAGCAAACUUUAGAAGGGUCCUUCACUUGUGCGGUCUGCAACAAACAGUUUGCCUCUCGGAAAACGCUCCGCCAACACAGUCGAAUCCACGAGGACAGCAGCGCGAAACGUUUUCAGUGCUCACACUGCUCAAAAUCGUUCAACUACAGCCAUCACUUGAAAAUUCACGAACGGACUCACACUCGGGAGACCCCGUUCGCGUGCAGCGCCUGUGAUAAGGAAUUUGCCACGAAAGAUCGGCUUAAAAACCACGAACUUCAGCACAAGGACCGCUUCGAGCACGGAUGUGCGCUGUGCGAGUGUUCCUUUCGAACGAAGAAGGCCCUCAAAAUGCACACAAUUCUAAAGCAUGAUGCCGCGGUAGGACAGUUUGAACCGAUUGUUUGCGCAAAGUGCGGCAAGGAUCUGUUCUCGCAAUCGGCGGCCAGUGCGCACUUUAAGGCCGAGUGUGGUCAGAAACGGAUAACGGAGGAUAAUCUUAAGAAGAAAUCCAAACAGAAGCAGCAAAAGCCAGUGGAUUGUAUCGACUGCUUGGAAAAAUUUCCCAGUCGAACUGAACUAUUAGAACAUCGAGCAGAUGUCCACGAAAAUCGAAGUCAUACUUGUGAAGUCUGCGGCAAACGUUUUCUUCAGGCGAUCGUUCUGAGCAGGCACAUGAAAACACACACGGGUGAAAAGUCGUACUCGUGCGAUCAAUGCACGAAGAGCUUUGCCCAGCUGGCCACUCUCCAAAAUCACAUGAGGACUCACUCCGGCAGUCAGCAGUACGAGUGCACGGUGUGUUCAAAGCGGUACAAGUUUUUGGCCUCGCUGCGAAAUCACGUCAAGGCGAGUCACGGCGAGGGAGAGGCGUAGCGUUAGAUAGGCUGAUUUGAAUUGUAUAGUUGUUUUUGUUUAUUUUUUAA